AUGUCUCCGGUAUGGCAUUCCUUCACGGCAGGUCCGCCUUCUCUAAACUGGCUUCAAACCCGCAACAUCAUUGUGGCAGAUUAUCUAAAGGCCCAGUGGCAUAAUUCGAGUGAUAUUCUCUCCGUCCUUUUGAUUUUUGGACCCGAUAUUGUGCAGAGAGCCGUCGCCCAACUAGCCGGGCGCAUUGUAACACCCGUUGCUUUCUCGUUCGGUUGA